GACAUCGAGAGGACGACGAGAGGAAGAAAAUGACAGGGCGCGCAAAAAGAAAACCCAAAUCAAAUCAGGAGUCAGACACAGGCAAUGGGGAGUUGAAGAAGGCCCGUGUCGAUGAGUCCAAGUCUGUGCCGUUGUCAGAGGUGGAUGCCGAGCAGCGUGAUGAAAUGAAGCAACUGUACCAGCUUCAAAUGCCAGAAGAUCUGUACCACUUCUGGGACUUCUGCAAGGAGAUUUGCCCGGAUAACCCCCGUGGUGCAUUGAUAGACCCACUGGGGUUACGGCUGGUUGGUCCAUUUGACAUUCUGGCAGGAGCUCACAAAAACCCUAAGACUCCUCAGCCUAACUUCCACCUUCAUUGGAGGUACUUUUAUGAUCCACCAGAGUUUCAGACCAUAUUUCAAGGGAGUGACGACAGCCAGCAUCACUUUGGAUAUUACAGAGAUGCUCCAGAUUUAUUGCCUUCCUUUGUUGGGGAAAAUGACAGCAAGAAGGGCUGUGUUAUUACACAGAUGGGAGACAAUGUGUUUGCUGCUGUCUACUUGUAUCUUCUGAGGAAGAAGAAAGUAAAAGGCAGUCAAAAAGAAGGGGGCAAAGCUUUGGAAAGCUUGGAGACAAAGUUACAAGACAAAGCAGAGGCUCUGGGGUUGUGUCUGGAGCAGAAGACCAAAGGCAUGAAGCAAAGGGACAAGAAGGUGGUGACCAAAACCUUCCACAGUGCUGGCAUCGUUGUUCCUGUAGACAAGAAUGAUGUGGGAUACAGAGAACUACCAGAAACAGAUGCUGGUCUCAAGAAGAUCUGCAAAGCCAUUGCUGAAGCAAAGAAUGAUGAGGAGCGUGUUAAAGCAUUUGGACCUCUGCAGGAGAUGGUUACAUUUGUUCAGUUUGCCAACGAUGAGUGUGACUACGGCAUGGGUUAUGAGCUAGGAAUAGACCUCUUCUGUUAUGGAUCCCAUUAUUUCCACAAGGUUAUCAAGCAACUUCUGCCGAUGGCCUACACGUUACUGAAAAGGAACUUAUUUGGGGAAAUUCUUGAAGCCCAUCUUUCCAGCCGCAGCCAUGACAACCUGGACCAACUUUCUACAAAUUAAAAAAGACUCAGAAGUACAUUUCAGUUCUCACUCUUCAAAGCUUUUUUCACUACGUGACCUUGUCUUCUGUUUUUUGUGUCGAUUGUUAAUGUUUAUUGAUGUAUUUGUUGCUGCUGUCAUUGAUUGGAACCAGUUCAAUUAUAUCUUGUACAAGAUAGAUGUCUAAUAAAGUAUUUUUUAUAUUUUUA